AUGUGUCCUGUCUCGGGGUCCCCAUUCAAGGAGACGGCAAUAACCAGCGCAGCUGAGUUUGCUGGUAAUGGCAUUCACACUUCACUGCCAAACACCGCGUGGCUCGUUUCCACCCUUCGCAAAAGGAAGCCUUUAAAGAAUUCGGUCGACUGGCAUACGCAGCACGUGGCCAAACCACCUCAACCUGUGGAGUGUAAUCAAUUCAUCUAUCGUGGCGUCACUCUGAACGGCAUACCAAUGUCAUGCGACAAGAAUCAACUGGGCCUGAUAUCUUCAAGAAAACUGCCUUACACGGAGAGAAUUAGCUGUCAUAAAGGAAACAAUACGGAAAUGUUUGAGAACAAGAUAGACUUGAUUAAUGUGAACCCAGAAAACUCGGUGUAUUACGGUAUUGUUGGCAUCGGAUCUCCACCGCAAUAUUUCAAACUCGUUUUCGACACCGGUUCACCAGUCAUAUGGAUUUGCAAUGAAAAAAGGGGUGCAAAUCUCUUUAUGGUGGAAAAUUCGUACGAUACGGGCAAUUCAAGGACAUAUACCAACCGUCGUACAGAUUAUUACGCGCGCUACGGGAAUUACCUCGCAACUGGUCAUGUUGCCUCAGAUUACGUAAAACUGGGUCGCAGACCGUUUUUGACAGAUUUUGCUGUAGUGGAUACUAUACAGGGAUACGUAGACCAACUCUACAGGAUGGACGGGCUCUUUGGGCUUUCACCGAGCCAGCUAAACCCGAAGUUCAGCUCAACUGCGCUGGAUGAUAUGGUUUCGCAAGGAUUGAUUUCCCAACGUGUGUUUGCAUUCGUCUUUCCUCGGGGCGCAGCUAAAGGAACGGUAUUAUUUGGUGACGUUUCUAAAGAUAGCAUUCCAGGGACAGUGCACUAUGUUCCCUUGCACUCGGAGGCUCCGGACUACUGGAUGAUCUCGUUUCAAAGGCUUGCUUAUACGGAUGGCGUUACUUUACGCACUGGACUUCGUACCAUCUUGGACACUGGGACGUUCAGAUCGCAUCUACCAGGAUCUGUGUUAGAAAAUCUAUUUUCCAAGAUCACAGUCACACCACAACCAUAUGGUGACGCUGUUGACUGUGGUGCAAUCGGAACAAUGCCAGCAUUGGUUUUCCACUCUGAGCACUUUCAAGUUGCCUGGCACCCAUCUCAAUACGUUCAACAGAUUUCACCAGGAUGUUGCGUUUUAACGAUCCAGGCUGCGGCGUCAAGCCUUCCUGCUGUUGUGCUCCUGGGAAUGUCAUUCUUGCGCCAUUAUUCGACGGUAUUCGACGUGGACAAGAAACAAGUGGGAUUCGCCAAAACUGCGGAGAUGUCGGCUUCCGUCUGA